AUGUCAAUUGAAUCGACUCCCCUACAGGAACACUUCACCCGGGAGCAGAUAUUCGGCAUCCUCAACCGGAUCGCCUUUCCCCUCUCACACCUCCCUCCCAACACCUUGCCAGAACCAACCCUGGCCACUCUGCAAGAACUCCACACCCGCCUCGUCAUCACCAUUCCCUUCGAGACUCUCGCCCUCCGCACCACUGCCUCCCGCGGCGUCGAUAUCUCCCUUGAGGGCAUCUAUGACCGUGUAGUUGUCCAGAAGCGUGGCGGAUGGUGCUUCUCCCUCAACCGACUCGGAUACGAACUUUUGCUCGGCCUCGGAUUCAGGACCCAGUUCACUAUCGGUCGUGUCUGCAAACCCCCCAAACCAACCGACCCUCCUCGCUUCACUGCAAAGACCCAUCGUGUCAGCAUCGUUCGUUUCCUCGAUGAGGCCACAGGAUCCGACACAAAGUACCUCUUCGAUAUUGGAUUCGGAAACUCGGUCCAACUGCCCAUCCAGCUCAAGGAAGGGGCAACCAUCGAAUUCGGAGGCCACAUCCGUCGCAUGUCCACACGAACACAUAUCCAGGCCCAGCCCGAUAUCCUCGGUCACCCGCCAUUUGUGAUGUGGUGUAUCGAAGAAUUCCUCCCCGCCGACGACAAAUGGAUCCCCUGGUAUGCCUUCUCCGAGCAACAGUUCUACGAGAACGACUGUCAGGUCGCCAAUUUUUAUACAUGUUAUUCCCCCACAUCCACAUUCUUCAAGGCCUUUUGGUGUAUCCGCUCCACCCCCGAAGGCGACUAUUAUCUCCUGGUCGACAAGAAACUCAUGAUUAAGAACGCGAAGGGUCUGGUCAAACAGAUCGAUUUCUUUAGGGAGCAGGAUCGUCUUGAUGCCCUCAAGGAAUACUUUGAUAUCGUCCUCACCGACGAAGAACUCAAACACCAUGACUCUUGGAUUGUUCCUGCCGAGCCUGUUGCCGAGGCAGUACCCUCGGUCGAUGCCUCUGUCGAGUCUAUCACCUCUCUCGCUGCAGCGACGACUGUCUAG